AUGGCCGACAAACUUAGAACCCAACAAGAGCUCGAGCGCCUUCAGGCAAAGUACAUCGGUACUGGUCACCCAGACACAACCAGCUGGGAAUUUCGUACCAACAUCCAGCGCGACACAUACUCUUCCAUCGCCGGCCACCGACCUCUUCUUUCCUACAUCGCUCUGGCUGAGAACGAGCCCGUCGCCAAGAUCCGCGCUCAGAUGAUCAGGAAAAUGGUUCAACCUUGUGGUCCUCCUCCUCCGCGCGAAGAUUAG